AUGCCAUCUGCACUCAAAUUAGUCGACAUGAGUGAUGAAACCAUCACCGAAAACACCAUCGCCAUCAACUCCCAACAUAAAGAUGAACGUCUCAAAUUCCUCAUGGCAAAAUUAGUCCAACAUCUCCAUGAUUUCGCCCGUGAAACCAGACUCACCACUGAUGAAUGGUAUGCCGGUAUUGAAUUCUUAACCGCCACCGGAAAGAUGUGUUCUGAUAUCAGACAAGAAUUCGUCUUGCUUUCAGAUGUGCUUGGUCUUUCUGUUCUUGUUGAUGGUCUUUCUCAUCCAAAACCAAAAGAAGCCACCGUGGGUACUUUAUUAGGUCCAUUCCAUACUCAUGAUGCUGAAGAUAAACAAGAAGGUGACUCCAUCUGUUCUAAAGAUUUAGGUGAACCUCUUUUGAUUGAAGGUAUCUUAACUGAUACCAAGGGGAACCCAAUCCCAGAUGCUAAGAUUGAUUUAUGGCAUUGUGAUGCUAAUGGAUUAUAUGAUACUCAAUAUGAAGAUCGUGAACAUCCUGAUAUGAGAGGUAUUUUCACCACCAAGGAAGAUGGUAGUUUUGUUAUCAAGGCAUCUAAACCAGUUCCUUAUGCCAUUCCUCAUGAUGGUCCAGUUGGGAAGAUGUUACAAAAGAUAAAUAGACAUCCUUAUAGACCAGCUCAUAUUCAUUUCAUAAUUGAAAAACCAGGUUAUGAUAAAUUGAUUACCGCUUUAUAUCUUCGUGGUGAUAAAUAUGAAUUCUCCGAUGCUGUGUUUGGUGUUAAGUCUGAUUUGGUAUUUGAUUUAGAACCAUUGGGUGCUGAAAGAGCAGCUCAACAUGGUAUGAAGGCUGAAGAUUGGUAUUUGAAUUGGGAUUUCAGAAUUAUUACUGAACAAGAAGCUACCGAUUUGGUUACUUCUAAGAAUGUUGAAGCUUUGAAGAAGAGUGGUGAAAAUUUGGUUCUUAACCAAGAUGGUUUACCAGUAUAUGCUCCUUUAGAUUAA